UGGGAUUUUGUAGGCUGGCAAAGAAUGCAGACACAUCCUCCUCCCUGAUAUUGACCUUCCAUGAUGUCCAUUUCCUCUGCCUUCCUAGAAACAUCAUGGAAAGGAACAACAUCAUUGAUUUCAAGGCUUUGGAGAAAGAGCUGCAGGCUGCACUCGCUGCUGAUGAGAAAUACAAACGGGAGAAUGCUGCCAAGUUCCGGGCAGUGGAACAGAAGGUGGCUUCCUAUGAGGAGUUCAGGGGUAUUGUCCUUGCAUCACAUCUGAAGCCACUGGAGCGGAAAGACAAGAUAGGAGGAAAGAGGACUGUGCCCUGGAACUGUCACACUACUCAGAGAGGGACCUCCCAGGAGGAGGCCACUGAAAUCUCCCAGGAGAAAACACUUCUCCAGCCCGAGACCUCUGCAGAGUUCUACCGUGCUUGGCGGCGACACCUGCGGAGUGGGCCAGAGCGCUACCAGGCCCUGCUGCAGCUCGGAGGUCCAAAGCUGGGUCACCUCUUCCAGAUGGACGUGGGGUUCGGACUUCUAGGGGAGCUGCUGGUGGCACUGGCCGAACACGUGAGGCCAACCGACCGGUUGGUGGUGCUAGGGAUCCUGCGCAGCCUGGCCAGCACCGGGCGCUUCACCCUGAACCUGAGCCUGCUGAGCCAGGUGGAGAGAGAGGCCUGCAGAGGCCUGUUUCAGAAGCUGCAGGCCAUGAGUACUCUCAGACCCACAGAGGAGGAGGAGGGGCUCGGCCAGGAGGAGGAGCGGGGUCUGGAGGAGCAGCCUGGUGAGAUCCAGGAGGAGGAAAGGCUCUUGCAAGAGUUGCUGGGGGUGUACCAGGUGGAUUGACCAGACCAGUUGCCUCCAGAGCCCCCCAGUGGUCACUGGAGGCUUUUUCUGCUUGUUGUCCUGGGGGCUCUGCAGGACUGUAAUGAGAAGCCCACACCUGAUUUCCUUCUCAGCUUGGAAUUUUCAGAGCAAAUAAAAGAAUCAAAUCUUCCUGA